AUGGCCACUCCUACUACGACUCCUUCAGCCACUUCUUCCCGAACUUCACCAGUUCCUUCUGCCAACUCUAUUGCAAAAUUACGUCAAUCGGUCGAGCACUGCCGAGAGAUCACGCCCCAUGGCCGUCGUAGCGCUCCCCUCGAUCACAAUCAGCCUCUUAUUCAUGGCACAUGCGCUCAUGUCAUGCCCAGUGUGGUCCGGCCAAUCGACAAUUCAAACACUUUAUUAGAUUCACUCGAUCAGACCCUCGCCAGCUGUUCUGUUUCGGACGUGUCUGAAGAUGGAUACGCCGAUACCAACAACCCCAACGAAGCCAAGACCUACCGAAGUAGUCACCAAGACACGUACGAUCCUUUGGACGAGACAUGUUAUCAGAAACCGUACCAUAUGCCACAGGGAACGCAUAGUAAAUCGAAGAAGUUUCCGCAGGCAGAGUACGUAGAGGUCUACAAAGGGCCACUGCUGAAGCCUAUUGACGAGAAGAACAUUGGCAUCAAAUCAUCAGUAACAGUGUCUUCGCACGCUCUAUCUUCCACGGGGUCUCUGUCUUUGACAGACACUAGACCUCGACAAAGAAUUCUAAGCUUCUACCUUCAUUGGUUCACAGCAUAUCGGAUACUCAUCGCGCUCACCUUUCUAAUUAACGUCGUAGUGUUCAUUGUGCACAUUAGAAAAACUCGCCACGAGAAUUUUGCCCUUUCUGGACCUCUAAUCGCUACGGCCGCCAAUAUCUUCGUUGCCGUCUUUGUGCGUCAAGAAGACCUCAUCAACGUAAGCUUCUCCUUCGUAGCCAAAACUCCAGCUAGUCUGCCGUUAUGGCUCCGGAAGAUGAUUGCAGACUUUCACCACUACGGCGGACUACACAUUGGAUGUUCCAUGGCAGCACUGCUAUGGUACUGUUACUUUGUGUCCCUCAACACAGAAUCCUUUCUCGAUACCGCAAAGCAGGACAAGGCUACGGGCUGGAUGUGGGCCGACAUCUUCACCUGUUACGCCUUCCUCCUGUUCAUCCUAGUCGUCUGUAUUCUAGCAAUUCCACGUCUCCGAGUGAGAUUUCACGACACGUUCGAACACACGCAUCGCUUUGGUGGAUGGGCAGCAUUACUAGUACUAUGGAUAAAUGCAGGCGUGGCUAGCAAUAACCCAGGCAGCUCAGCUCUCUACGCCAACACCGCCCUCUGGCUCCUAGCCGCGACAACCUUCCUCAUAAUCCUACCAUGGACCCGCAUCCGCCGCGUACCCAUAACCGCCGAAGCUGUUUCAAGCCGCGAAGUCAAGCUUAAAUUCCCUUACAAAAAUAUGCCCUACACUUCCACAACCCGCUUCUCGCUAUCCCCGCUUCUCGAAUGGCACGCCUUUGCCACGAUCCCUAUCCAAGCCUCAUCUACACCAACUAUCACCUCCGCAUAUAUAGUCAUCUCGGCAGCGGGUGACUGGACAAAGUCUAUCAUCACCUCUCCACCUACUCACAUCUGGCUUCGCAAACCUGCCACCAAAAACUUCCUCUCCUUCGCCCCAUUGUUCGACUCCCUCCUCCUUGUAGCCACCGGUGCAGGUAUCGGUCCCUUGCUCUCCCUUUUGAGCUCACCAGCCAUCGUACACAUGCGCGAACAGGGCAAGCAGGUUAGGGUCAUGUGGGUUGUGUAUGAUCCUAAUGCGGAGCAUUGGGGGUUCGCGCAGGAUAUUAUACGGAGAGUGGAUCCGGAGCCGAAGAUCUUUGACUCUAGGGACGGGAGGCCCGAUGUGGCGUGUGAGGCAGAGGUUAUGAAGAAAGAGUGCGAGUUGGAGGCUGUUAUGGUCGUUAGUAAUCCGAAGGCUACAAGAGAGGCCGUUGAGAGAAUCAAGGGGAACGGGGGUGCGGCUUACGGGGCUGUGUUUGACUCUUAG